AUGGGUCCCCUCGACGUCGAGUCCGGCGGCAACACCAUCACCAUCAGCGCCGACGCGGUCGCCGCCGCAGGCGACAUGGUGGAGGCAACGCACGACGUGGCGAAGCUGCGAAGGGUCCUGGUGGGCGGCGGCGUCGGCAAGGCCGCGGCGGCGCUGUACAUGAUGCUGUUCAGGGCGCCGGCGGGGCUGUUCCUCCUGUCCGGGCCGUUGUUCCGCGCCUAUUACUGCGUCCUGGCUGCCAUUGUCCUCGCCGGGGUGGCGGAGGCGUGGACGGGGCUCUGGCUCUCCCACGACGACGACGACCCUGCUCCUCCUCCGCCACGCCGGCGCGCGGUGGGCGUGGCGGUGCUCUGGGCGUCGCUCCUGCCGCUGCUCCUACUGGCUGCAGUCGGAGGGUUCGCGGUCUUGAAGUGA